GUCUGGGUUCAGAGAGGAGGCAACAAGGAAGUUCUCUUCUGAAUGUACCAUUUAGAGGAAUACACAUCAGAAAAAGUUCUGUACUAUUUUUUCUACCACAGUGGUUUUCUAUUUCAAGGUGAACCAUGUCCUCCUCAGCCUGCCAGUGGACUUUUCUGCGCCCAUUUAUCAUCAGCAGCCUGUUGGCGAUGAGUUUUGUAGUUCUAUUCUUUACAUACUACAAGCCUGACAUCAAGUUCCCCACUUUUGACAUUUACAUGGGGAGAGGCAAUCAUUCCUGUCCUACAGUUGUGUGUGCAGAGGGACCACAGAUCCAGAACUCAAACGGCUCCACAGAGCUGCACAUUAAUCCAGAUCACAACGACAACCAGAAGGUCCAGACUGCAGCAGUGGACACUGAGCCUGAUACUAUUUUAUUGAUCUGGAUGUGGCCAUUUGGCCAAAGGUUUGAUCUCAGCUGCGAUAUUUAUAAUAUCGAAAGAUGCCUCCUGACAGAUGACAAGUCUCUGUACCACAAAGCCCACGGGGUUAUCUUCCACCACAGGAACAUUAAUCCAGCAAGUUUACCAAAAGAGCCGCGUCCCUGGUUUCAGAAAUGGGUGUGGUCAAAUAUGGAGUCGCCUGCAAACUCAGCUCCAAUCUCUGAUCUUAAUCACUCGUUCAACUUGACAUGCAAUUAUCGGCUUGAUUCAAAUAUUCCUGUGCCUUAUGGGCAUCUGGUGCCAGUGACACCUGAAGAUGAGAGUUUCAAAUUGCCAGCAAAGGACAAGCUGGUCUGCUGGAUUGUGAGCAACUGGAACCAGCGCCUUAAGAGAGUUCAGUUCUACAACGAAAUGAAAGAUCAUGUCAAGAUUCAUACUUAUGGAAACGCAUUUGGCCAUCGUCUAAGUAAUGAAGACUAUUUAAAGAUAGUUUCUAGUUGUAAAUUCUAUCUCUCCUUUGAAAACUCCAUAUACAAAGACUAUAUCACAGAGAAGUUAUACAGACCUAUGAGUUUAGGAACUGUACCAGUAGUUCUGGGCCCUUCAAGACAAAAUUAUGAGAACUAUGUCCCAGGAGAUUCUUUCAUUCAUGUCAAUGACUUUUCUACUCCAAAGGAGCUGGCAGAGAGGCUCAUUUACCUUGACCAAAACAAUUCUGAGUACAUGAGAUACUUAGACUGGAAAAGCAGGUUUAAAGUGAAAAUGUCUCCGUUUGGCAGAGAACAUGCUUGCAAAACUUGCGGCUACUUACAAAACCACAGAGGAUACCAGGCUUUUCAUGAUCUCAACAAAUGGUACUGGGGUUAGCAGAGAAAUAACAUUUGCCAAGUCUCAGUCUGGGAUACUGACAAUAAAACUCUCACAGCACACGUAGGCGUCAGCAAUUCCAUGUGAACUUUCUCCAAUUUCUACAAACAAAAUGCCAUCACAAUAAUUUGGAAGAUGUUCGGAUCACUGUGAAUCAAAAUAUUGAUUUGAUCAAAACUUGUCUGUGUGGCUGAAUAUAUAGUAUGCAGUAGGUUUUUGUUUGUUUUAUCAAUUAUGAGUUGUGAAACACUGCAUAAAUAAAAAAAUAAAUAAAUGUUUUUUUCAUUUUUGAA